AUGAGCUGGCACGCCAUGAUUCAGCACAGAGUUGAUCAGGAGGAGGUCCAGGUCGAGGUUCAGGCCAAGUAUACAGUCAUGCCCAGGGCAAUGCUAGACAUGCUGGCGCCCUUUUUUGUUAUAGUUGGCAAAGGCCAGCGACAAGAGCAAGAAUUCCAGGUGGCGCGGUGUUGGUACCCAGACCGCGAGGGCACGGACACGCGCUACGGCGCCGCGCCGCCGGCCGCCGGCCCGCCGCCGGAGCACCCUCCCCACGGAGGCUACUACCCGCCGCCCGCCGGCUCCGGGUACCCGCCGCCCAGCUACCCACCGCCGAGCUACCCCCCAGCGGGGUACCCGCCGCCCGGCGGCUACCCGCCGCCCGGCGGCUACCCGCCGCCUGGCGGUUACCCGCCGCCAGGGGGCUACCCGCCCCCGGGCUACGGCUACCCGCCCCCGGGCUACCCCCCGCCGCACGGCUACGGGGGCUACCCUCCCCCCCACGGCUACGGGGGCUACGACCCCUAUCGCCGCAGCCCGCCUCGCCUGCGCGACGGCAGCCCCAGAAGCCGCUCGCCGAAGCGGCGGCAGGGCGGGGGCGGCGGCGGCGGCGGCCAGGGCGGCGGCCAGGGCGGCGGCCGCCGGAAGCGAGGAGGCGGCGGCGGCGGGGAGCCGGGAGGCGGAGGCGGCGGGCGCGGCGGCGGGAAGAGGCAGAAGGGAGGGGCCGGCGGUGAGCCCGAGCAGAAGCCGAGCUACGACGGGAAGCUGACGCUCGAGGCGGUCCUGCCCCGCCUGGUGGAGCACGCCCAGGAGCAGGACGGGAGCCGGUUCCUGCAGAACCGGCUGUGGGAUGCGGAGGACGACGUGCGCGACAGGAUAUUCGAGAAGGCGCUCCCGGCCGUGAAGAAGCUGGCAGAGGACGCGUUCGGAAACUGGGUCGUGCAGAAGCUCGUGGAGAAGGGGUCCGAGGAGCAGCGGACGCUGAUAGCGAACCAGCUGAAGGGAGACGUGCUCAACCUGGCCAAGCAGCAGUACGGCUGCCGGGUCGUCCAGAAGGUGGUGCAGCUGCUGCCGUCGCACGAGCAGGGCAAGUUCGUGGAGGACCCAGGGCCGAACGGGCAGCCAGAGAGGCACGACGUGAUUGUCGGGUCGCAGGCGAUUGUUUUUCGCAAGCGCACGGCGGUGCUUACGGGCAUGUUGCGGCACCCCAGGCGCACCCCCGCCGUGGCGUGA